AGCGUAAAGAAUAUUUUAGAUGAAGUACAAAACGUACGUGGUAAAUUAAGUACUAUUGAAACAACAUUUGAUUGUUCGGAUAAGACUGUAUUCAAUCUUGGAGAAACAGUUCAAGAGCUGGAGAGUGUUGUAAACAUUGUAUCAAAAAACAAAAAUACAAUUUUUUCUCAUCGUAAUCUUUUAUAAUUUAUUUAAUUUAAUUUAGUUAUAUUUAGUAGCUUAAAAAUAAUCACAUUUAUAAUGUCAUUUAAACGUGUAUGUGAUGGAUCUGGCAGUGAUUUACUCAAAAGUCUUGAGUCUCAAAGAAUCAGAGAACUACUUGGCAUUCAAAUACCAGAUGGUGAAGCUAAAUUAUUGUCCAAUGGGAAAUUGACUUGUAUGAUUUGUAUUCAAAGACCAAUUUUUGAUACUAUUAAUGUGCUCUCAAUUCACAGAAAAGGAAAAAAACAUUUAAGUGAACUUAGUAAAUAUUUAGAAAGAAAGGAAGAAUUGGAAUUAAUUAAAAUUAAACAACAACAAAAAAACUGUGUUCAAUCAUUUGGUUCAUCAAAAUGUCAUGCUAGUUCAACAGAACGUAAAACAAAAUUGGAACUACCAGAAAAUGAUUCAGAUACUAAAGAAUCUUCCAUUGUUUCACGUUAUGUAUCUUCAAUGAAAAAAAAACCAUCUUUACAAAAUGUUAUAAACCGUGCAAAAAAGCAUCCAUAUCAGCGUUUGGUUUCUACUUCAGAUAGCCCAGUGUCAAAAAAUGUGCUGAUGAAUAUCUCUCAAUCUACACAGACUUCAACUAAAAAGGAAAUUGAAAUUGGUUGGAUUAAAAAUUCUGAUGGAUCAUGGUCUAAGGAUCCACAAGCUGAAUUUGAUUCUGAUGAUGACUGAUUUUUGUGCAAAUUAUAUCUAAGACAAUUUUAUACCGAAACAAAUUACAUCAAUUGCUGAGAAAUCAUCUAAUAUGAAAUUACCACUCAUAACAAUGGGUUGAAUUCUUGAUGUAAAACCAAGUAGAGAAUUUUCUAAGCCUGUGAUUCUUUGUAAAAUUAUUAAUACAUUUUUAGUGAUGA